ACGAGAGCGGCAGGAAGAGACUCGGAGGGCUAGCACAGGGUUGGCAAACGAAAGUUCUGGAGAAUGGUCUGGAGUGUGGUGACUUGUCGCCCAUAUACUGAGUCCAUCACAAGCCUUUUGUCGGGGUUCAGACUAUAGAAUCCAAUUCUAGCCCUCGCUAACCCUAGCCAUCACUUCUUCUUUAACGACUCCCUUCACGACCUUUUCUUUCCUUCUCUCCAUUUCUACUCAUGCCCUAUAAACUCUCAACUACGCUCAGAGGGCACAAAGGCGAUGUAGGUUUUACCACUGAGGCAUGCUUUCAACACUUCUUUGCUCACGAAGACCAGGUCCGGGCGGUGUGCUCUCCCAGGGACGAUCUCAUACUCUCAGCUUCACGCGAUACAACGGCGAUCUACUGGACACGCCAAUCGUCAGAUGCUGCAUUUACCAAGUCUCAAGUAUUCAAGCCGGGUCAACGCUUCGUUAGCUCAGUCACAUACAUUCCGCCCCUACCAGAGGCACCACAAGGAUAUGUGGUGACGGGAGGACAAGACGCGCUUGUGAACGUAUAUAAUGUGGCGGUUAGCAGUGAAAGACCCGAGUACAUCCUAAUAGGACAUGAGCAGAACGUCUGCUCAUUAUCCGCGGCUCCCGAUGGGACCAUUAUUUCAGGUUCCUGGGACCAGACGGCCAAGGUCUGGAAGGGUUUCGAGAAAGCAUACGAGCUUCUGGGCCAUGAGCAAUCUGUGUGGGCGGUCAUUGCCAUCGAUCCUUCCCAAUUCCUGACCGGUUCCGCCGAUAACACCAUCAAGCUCUGGCACCAGAACAAGGCGGUCAAGACAUUCACUGGUCACACGCAAGCUGUCCGCGGACUCGCCCUCAUACCGGAAAUCGGAUUUGCUUCAUGUGCGAAUGACGGUACAAUUCGAGUCUGGACUAUGGAGGGCGACAUAGUCCAUAUCUUAUCCGGUCAUACUUCUUUCGUUUACAGCCUCGCGGUCACCUCCCGUGGAGAUAUUAUUUCUGGUGGCGAAGAUCGAACCGUGCGCAUCUGGCGUGAUGGCGAAUGUGUCCAGAGCAUCGUGCACCCCGCCAUCUCGGUGUGGGCUGUAUCGACGCUGCCUAAUACUGAUAUCGUGACUGGAUGCAGCGACGGUCUUGUUCGUGUGUUUAGCAGAGUAGAAGAACGAUGGGCUUCUGAUGAAGAGGUCCGAAAUUUUGAAGUCGACGUUGCAGCCCAUGCUGUUCCUGCCCCUACAGUUGGUGGUGUCAAGGUCAAUACUCUUCCAGGAAUGGAUGCCUUGAUUACCCCUGGAUUGAAGUCCGGGGACGUCAAGAUGAUCAACAACAGGGGUGUAGGCGAGGUUUAUCAGUGGGACGGUAUUAGACACAAAUGGGAAAAGGUCGGAAACCUCACCGACGCACCUGGUACUUCAAAUAAGCAGACGUUCGAGGGGAAGCAAUAUGACUACGUUUUCGAUGUCGAUAUCCAAGAAGGCGCGCCUUCACUGAAGUUGCCUUACAAUAUUACCGAAAAUCCAUACACCGCAGCUCAGCGGUUCCUCGAACGCAACGAUCUGCCGAUGCACUUCUUGGAUCAGGUCGUUUCUUUCAUCCAGAAAAGUGCGGAAAGUGUUACACUUGGUUCAUCCGCGACUGCACCUUCCGAUCCCUUCACCGGUGCGUCGAGGUACCAAGCUUCGCAAGGCGCCCCCGCCUCUAGCGGCGAUUUCAUGGACCCUUUCACUGGUGCCUCGCGUUAUCGCGUGCCGUCAGUUUCAUCGCUUCCUGCCCCUCUAAGUACGGCAGAGCCAUGGUCUGGCGCUUCGCGUCCUGCCAACAAUGCGGCCGCUGCUGCUAGUCCCCAGACCCAGAGCGCUGCUAAGCUCCCAGUCCAUACACCUCACCUUUUCCUGCAAGCAAAUAUUCCAGCUAUGCAGGCGAAGCUCCAUCAAUUCAAUGAUCUUCUAAGACAAGAAAUCAGUGCUUCAUCUGCUGCCUUGUACAAUCGCGAUUUGAGUUAUCUUGAUGAUAUGUUCUCUUUCCUCACGAAGAUAUCUGCGACACCACCAACACAGCCGAAUUUCCCAGUAACGCCAAAUCAUAUCGAAGUUCUUAUCCAUCUGCUCAUAAAGUGGCCUUCGGCACAACGGUUCCCCGUCCUCGACUUGUCACGUUUGAUCAUCGCCCAUGCGCCCGAAUCGUAUGCUGAACCCGAGUUUACAACCCGGUUUUUCAAUGCCCUUUUCGAAGGUGCGGAAUGGUCACAACCUUGGACUCCCCUUCCUCUGCCUAAGUUCCGUGAAACCAACAUCUUGCUACUAUUCCGUGCUCUUGCAAACGCAUUCAAGGACGACAGUACUAUAGGAGAUGGUGCUUGGAUCAAAUUGAUUUUUGAGAAGAUCCAGCAAGCACCUUAUGCUGCUUUCACGAAGCCUCAAACACGAAUGACUUUGAGCACUAUUUACUUCAACAUGUCAUGUCGCGGCGUACGCGAACAGCUUGACCCUGGAUUGCGAUCGGCACUGCUUGCUCUUGUUCUUUCGGUACUCCAAAAUGAGACCGAAGAUGCGGAGACGGCUUACCGCGCUCUUGUUGCACUUGGGAACAUCGUUUACGCUGCGAAGCAAUUCAAUUCUCCGCUGCAGCCGACGCAGGAGAGCUCCGCUCGCGCUGUGCUUAACACACUACCAGCCACAUUUGCGGCGGACGUUCGUGUCCGGAAUCUUUCGCAAGAUAUUCUCGCGUUGCUCUGAGACCAUGUGUAUUGGUUAGUGAAAGGAAGCUGGGAGGACGCUCGCACAUGAAUCGAUGACCCGUUACUAUCGGUGGUAUAGUGGUACGUAUCUUGGUGGGGUUUCCGAAUUCUGUUCUCUUGUCGUGCAUAAUCAUCAUCCAUCAUUUUUGGCGGACAAUUUCCCUUUGUUGUAGAGAUGUAUGCCUAGGUGUAAAGUGCAAUUAUUGUAGGCUGAUCACCGAAGGUGUAAUGCCAACUAUCAAACAAUGAUAUUCGCAGUAUCUUCUAUCGACUUC